AUUUUCCAAAUCUUCACAAACCAAAUUCGUGUGAAAGAAUAAUAAAUUUCCUUGCACUUCGUCUCCUCUACUAGUUUUCACGAGCUCUGUUUCUCUCUUCAGAAUUUCAAAGGUUAUGAAUGUGAGUUUUAGUGGAUGUGUUUGGUAAUGGGAAAAGGUAGAGUUAAGGCAGUGGAGAAGAGGGUUUUAGAUCAGAAACUUAGAGGAUCGGUUAAUGUGCCGUCUGGACCGGUUUAUUAUCCGACCGAAGAGGAAUUCAAAGAUCCAUUAGAGUAUAUAUACAAGAUCAAGCCAGAGGCAGAGGUUUAUGGGAUUUGCAAGAUUGUUCCGCCUAAAUGUUGGAAACCGCCUUUCGGUUUGGAUUUGGAAUCUGUCAAGUUUCCAACAAAGACACAAGAGAUUCACCGGUUGCAGUUCCGUCCUGCUUCUUGUAAUCCCAAGACGUUUCAGCUUGAGUACAAUAGGUUUUUGGAGGAGCAUUUAGGGAAGAAGCUGAAGAAGAAAGUGGUCUUUGAAGGAGAUGAUUUGGAUUUGUGUAAGCUGUUCAAUGCGGUGAAGAGGUUUGGGGGUUAUGACAAGGUUAUCAAGGGGAAGAGAUGGGGGGAAGUUUAUCAGUUCAUGAGCUCUGGAGAAAAGAUCUCUAAAUGCGCUAAGCAUGUCUUGUGUCAGUUAUACAAAGAGCAUUUGCAUGAUUUUGAGAACUAUCACAACCGGAUGAAUGCAGAUGCUGCAAAGGGAUGCAAAAGGAUUCGAAGAUGCUCUGAACUCUCGAGCUCAAAGAGAAGGAAAAGAAAUGGUGAAGGAAACAAUCCCAAGGUGGAAAAUGAGGAAGGGGUUGAUCAAGCAUGUGAGCAAUGCAAAAGUGGCAAACACGGCGAAGUGAUGCUUUUGUGUGAUAGUUGUAAUAAAGGUUGGCAUAUCUAUUGUCUCUCGCCACCACUGAAGCAUAUCCCACCUGGGAACUGGUACUGCCUUGAGUGCUUAAACACUGAUGAAGAAACGUUUGGAUUUGUGCCCGGUAAAUGCUUAUCGCUUGAAGAUUUUAAGCGCAUUGCUGAUCGUGCGAAGAGGAAGUGGUUUGGUUCAGGGUCAGUGUCUAGGACGCAGAUAGAGAAAAAGUUUUGGGAAAUAGUAGAAGGAUCAGUUGGCGAGGUUGAAGUCAUGUAUGGUAAUGAUUUGGAUACGUCUGUUUAUGGGAGUGGUUUUCCUCGAAUAGGCGACCAAAGACCAGAAUCAGUUGAGGAAAAUAUAUGGGAUGAAUAUUGUGGUAGUCCCUGGAAUCUCAAUAACAUGCCCAAGUUGAAAGGAUCUAUGCUUCAGGCCAUUCGGCAUAACAUUAAUGGUGUUACAGUGCCUUGGCUAUAUCUUGGAAUGCUCUUCUCUUCUUUUUGUUGGCAUUUUGAGGACCAUUGUUUUUACUCUGUGAAUUAUCUACACUGGGGAGAAGCAAAAUGUUGGUAUGGUGUUCCAGGCAGUGCUGCUAGUGCUUUUGAAAAGGUCAUGCGGAAAACACUUCCUGAUCUCUUUGAUGCUCAGCCAGAUUUGCUCUUUCAACUGGUUACCAUGCUGAGCCCGACUGUUUUACAAGAAAAUAAAGUACCGGUCUACACAGUAUUACAGGAGCCUGGAAACUUUGUGAUCACAUUUCCAAAAUCCUUUCAUGCUGGAUUCAAUUUCGGUUUAAAUUGCGCAGAGGCCGUCAACUUUGCCACUGCUGAUUGGCUACCUCAUGGUGGUUCUGGGGCAGAGCUGUACCGGCUGUACCGGAAACCUGCAGUCAUAUCUCACGAAGAGCUUCUCUGUGUGGUAGCUAAGGGAAACUGCUACAGUAGCGAAGGGUCGAUACAUUUGAAGAAAGAAUUGCUCAGAAUAUACAGCAAGGAAAAAACCUGGAGAGAGCAGCUCUGGAAAAGUGGUAUUUUGAGAUCUUCUCCUAUGUUUCUGCCUGAAUGCUCUGAUUCUGUGGGCAUCGAAGAGGAUCCAGCAUGCAUCAUCUGCCAGCAGUUUCUGCAUCUUUCUGCUAUCGUCUGCAAUUGCAGGCCAUCUGUUUUUGCAUGCUUGGAGCACUGGAAGCACCUCUGUGAAUGUGAACCUACAAAGUUGCGUCUUGUAUAUCGUUAUACCCUUGCCGAGUUGCAUGGGAUGAUACUAGAAGUUGAAAAUUCUGGUGGCUGUAAAACACAAGAAACUAAAAACUCACAACGGCCGAGUUCAGGGACCAAACGAUCUGUUUCUUUCAACAAAAAGCAGGAGGGAAUGCAAGUUAGUCAGGCACGACCAGCAGAAGAUUGGCUUCUUCGCGCAUCAAAGGUUUUCGACGAUGUCUUUUCUAGUGUUGAGUAUGCCAUCCUCUUGAAGGAAGCAGAACAGUUUCUUUGGGCUGGAUCAGAAAUGGACCGCGUACGAGAUGUUGCAAAAAGUUUGAUCAAAGCAAAGAUAUGGGCUGAAGCUGUUAGUGACUGUCUUUCAAAAGUCGAAUGUAAAGCCAACAAUGAUUCACAGAAAGUUCACUUGGAGUUUAUUGAUGAGUUGCUGAGAGUUGACCCCGUUCCUUGCUUCCACUCUGGUCAUCUUAAAUUAAAGGACUAUGCUGAAGAGGCUAGAAAGUUGUCUGAGAAAACCGAUUCUCUUCUGUCAAGUUGCCCAACUAUUACUCAGCUGGAGCUAUUGCAUUCCGAAGUAUCCAGUUCACCAAUCUCCCUAAGAAAACACGAGAACUUGUCAAAGAAAAUCUCUUCCGCAAAGAUGUUAGCUGAAAGGGCGAGAUUCUAUCUCGCAGAUACAAAACCUCCAGGAGUUGAACUGGAUGCUCUUUCUAAGCUAAAGUCAGAGAUAUUGGAGCUUCACGUGCAACUUCCAGAAACAGAAGAUAUCCUGGAUUUGCUAAAGAAAUCAGAAUCAGCCCGUGAUAAAUGUAAACAAGUUUUGAGUGGUUCUAGAUCUCUCAAGAAUGUGGAAGAGUUGCUUCAUGAAUUCGAUAGUUUCAGCAUUAACAUUCCCGAGUUGAAUAUCCUGAGGCAGUACCAUGUUGACACUUUGUCUUGGAUGUCACGCUUUAAUGAUACAAUGGUUGAUGUCCGUGAAGGCAAGGACCAACGAAAGCUAAUCAGUGACCUGAGUUCCCUUCUACAGGAUGGAGCAUCGUUAGGCAUUCAAGUUGAAGGACUGCCUCUUGUUGAGGAUGAACUGAAGAAGGCAUCUUGCCGGGAAAAAGCUCAAACGGUUUAUGCUGCAAGAAAGUCUCUGGAUUUCAUUGAGCAGCUGCUCUCGGAAGCUGUUGUACUACACAUCGAGGAGGAGAAGUUAUUUGUUGAGAUCUCUGGAAUUUUGUCAGCAGCGCGGUGUUGGGAGGAAAGAGCAAGCAGUAUCCUUGCUAGUGCAGCUCAGAUGUACGAGCUUAAAGAUCUCAUAAGGACGUCAGUCAACAUUGAUGCCGUUUUGCCCUCUCUGAAGGGCAUAGAGAACACAAUUUCGUUGGCUGAAACUUGGCUUCAGAAAUCUGAGCCUUUUUUAUCUGCCGCUUCUUCUAUGGCAUCGUCUCCGUGUACUCCGCUUGAACUUCCUGUAUUAAAGGACCUAGUUUCUCAGUCUAAAUCGCUUAAUGUUCAACUUCAAGAGCCAAUGAUUCUUGAAACAUUGUUGCUUAACUGCGAGAGGUGGCAGUGUGACAAUCAUCAGCUCUUGCAAGAAACUGAAGAUUUAUUGGACAAUGCGAAAAUAGAUGAUGGUUUGCAUAGCACGAUCCUUCCGAAAAUUAGGGAUUUGAUAACCAGAGUAGAGUCCGCUAUAACAUCGGGUGUGUCCCUUGGUAUCAAUUUGGAUGAGCUUCCCAAACUUCAAACGGCAAGUUUAAAACUAGGAUGGUUUUGUAAGACCAUCUCGUUAAGCUCUAGCUCACCUUCGUCUGAGUUUCUAGUCGAUAUAGGAAAGCCCUCGUUAAAGCAAAUCCAGCAACACUUAAACGAGGGACAAACACUGAAAAUAUUACCUGAAGAGUAUUACUUAGGCAAGAGGCUCGUGGAGCUAAAAGACACUGGAUUAGAGUGGGUUAAACGAGCUAGAAAGGUGGUGACAGACUCGGGUGCUCUUGCCUUGGAAGAUGUUUUCGAGCUUAUUUCUGAGGGUGAAAAUUUGCCUGUCCAUGCAGAGGAAGAACUUCAGUCCUUACGAGCUCGGAGUAUGUUACAUUGCAUUUGUCUAAAGCCAUACAACUCAAGAUCCAUGGUUUCUUGUACUCAAUGUGGCGAAUGGUAUCACACCUAUUGUGUUAAACUUCAUUGGCGGCCCGAGGCUUAUGUUUGCUCUGCUUGCUGUCCAGUGGCGGAAUCCACUCCACAGAUUGAUCCCCCCAGAUCAGGGGAUCUAGAGACACCGUCACUGAACCAUAGACGGACAAGAACGGUACCGACUGAUGCAGCAGUUGAUGAUUUACAGUGGAAAAACCGAAAACGCAUCAAACGGAUAGGUAAACGGAAUCCUCAGGUUCAUAUUCUUCCCUGGUUUUUCACUGUAGAACCAAAAUAAUCUCAGAGUCUAAGAAUAUAGAGCAAUUUAAUUUAUUCAAUUUAGAUAGGUUGUAUCAAGUCAUUUUUUUUCUUUGUAAUCUUUCCAUUACAAAAUGGAGAACAUAAAAGGUUUUGGACUUAACAGAUUAUUGGAUCCGUAACCUGAAUUUAAUGAUACUGCAUUAGUUUAAAACUAUAUCACAACUAUGUAUAUAUAUACACCCAAUUUCCAUGUUUUAAUGUUCUGUC